AUGCGGAAAUCCGUAGCUCUAUUCUGGUUCUUUAAUUGGGUGUAUUGUAGCGACCUGCCAGGACUUAAUUUCAAUGUCAAUUUCAAUCAUUAUUCUGGGUUUGUGAAUGCAUCGGACACCAAAUUCUUGUUCUUCUGGAUGUUCGAGUCGGAGAAUGAUCCGCAGAAGGAUCCGUUUAUAUUGUGGCAAGUCAUAUUAAGAUGAGAAUUUAUUAGUUUUUUCAAAUAAUUCUGUGCUCAUCAUUAAUUCAGGCUCAUUAUACGGACAUUUCAGGCUAAAUGGAGGACCCGGAUGUUCAUCUUUACAAGGGGCGUUGAUGGAGAACGGGCCUUUUAGAUUAUCUAGUAAUGGCAGUGUUUUAAGCAAAAACGAAAAUAGCUGGACUAAGGUUAGUUUUUUUUUAAAUUAAUGCGUAUCUUAAAGGUUAUUCUAUGAAACUUUUAAAGGUUAUUGUGUGUAAAAUACGGUGUACGAGUUCUUCGUUAUAUCACUUUAAAUAUUACUUCAAAAUAAAAAAUUCUAGUUUGCAAACAUAUUAUACUUGGAAUCUCCUGUUCAUACCGGGUACUCUUACUCUAGUACAAACGAAACUACUACUGAUGAUCAUACGGUAAUCUUGUUUAUAAAAGUUUACUAAAUGUAUUGUUUUUGAUGACUUGUUAUGUUAUAAUAUGGUACUUGUUUUGAACUACUAGGCUGUUCAAUUAACUCUGUGCCCCUUCUCUAAGCCAAUUUUUAGGGCUAGUGGGCAUAGAAUUAUUUGAACAUUCCAAUAAAUUAUGUAUUAUAUAAACUUUUACAGACAGGCAAAGAAAACUUGCUGGCUUUGGUCAACUUCUUCAAUGCAUACCCAAACUACAGAGCCAAUGACUUUUACAUUAUGGGGGAAAGCUAUGCAGGAUACUAUGUUCCAGUGCUGGCUUCUCUGAUACUGGAACAAAAUGAUUACCCAAUCAACCUCAAGGUAGGUUUUAUCAGGUUGUUCAAGUAAUUGUGUGCCCUCUUUCAAAGCAAAUUUUUGGGUUUAGAGAGUACAGAAUUAUUUUAACAACCUAAUAGUUUUGUAUACAAAAAUAUUCUUAUAAAUGUUCAUAUGUACAGUUAUAUUCAAAAGUUUAUAAGUACUGUCAUCUUCAGGGUAUCGCCAUAGGUAACGGUGUAGUGGUGGAUGGUUGGGAUUCAGUGUUUUCUCCAUUUUAUGCUCACUCGAUUGGACUAUUGGGAAAAGCCAAAUUCGAAAGUUUUCAAAGUAGAUGUUGCGAGAACAUGGCACCUACAUCAUGUGCAACAUCAAAGGAAUGUAUUGAGCUGAGUCAGAACAUUACCAUGGACAUACCUGGUGUCGACCCAUAUGACAUGUCACUGCAUUGUUUGGAUUUUCUGGAUGAGGUUAAAGCGGUAGGACUAUUUUUGUUGUUAGGGGCUCAGAAUUAUGUGAACAACCUAAUCUUAGAUAAUCUUGCAGGAAAACAUAUCCUGCUUCAACGACGUAUCUUUUGAAGAAUACAUGAACAAGGAAGAUGUUCGAAAGACUUUAAACAUACCACAUAACCUCGAAUGGAAGGUGUGUAAGUAAGUUACUAUUCAAAGAUAUCAUGGUAGUUUCAGGAGUCUUGCAGAUCAUCUUGGAAAGCCAUAUAAUGAAAGUACAUUCACAUCGAUGGAGCCUUUUAUAAGGUACAUACUGAGCAAACAAGUCAGGGUACUGUACUUUUACGGGGAUACUGGUAAGUGCGUACUGUAGCGUUUGGUAAUGGCUUCUUUUUCUAAUGUACGAAAAUCUUAAUUAUAAUAUAUGAUAUCAUUAGGUUAAUUUCAAUAUACGUUAUUAUUAUCGUAUGUUUCAGACAUGGUAUGUAAUCACUUGAGUGGAGAAUACUUUACCGCCAAAGUUGGUGGUGCCCCAUUGGUCGAUAGCAAAUCCUGGUUGUUUAACAACAAGAUAGGAGGCAAGAAGACCGUAUACAAUAACGGACUGACGUAUACGACGAUACACGGUGCCGGGCAUAUGGCGCCACAAUGGAAGGCUGAAGAAACUUCGUAUGUUGCAAAAAGUUUCGUACAAAACACAGAGUUUUAA